CAAAGGACUUGUCCGGCUUCCACCACAUCAAUGCUCCAGCUUCAGAGAGCAACUCAAAAGAACGUUGCACGGAGGUUGCGCAAGGCAACCGUCCAGCUUGGCGCGUGGAACUCUCACCGGGGGCUUGCUACGUCUUCAGGUCCUUAUGACGCCGUCAUUAUUGGUGGAGGUCCUGGUGGAUAUGUUGCAGCAAUUAAGGCUGCUCAGCUCGGGUUGAAGACAGCAUGUAUAGAGAAGCGUGGCAGCCUUGGAGGUACCUGUCUCAACGUCGGUUGCAUACCUUCAAAAGCCAUGUUGAACAACUCUCAUCUCUAUCAUCAAACGAAACAUGACCUCCAAAAGCGUGGUAUUGAUGUUGCUGGCGUUUCCCUCAACUUGCCCCAGAUGCUGCAGGCCAAGGAGCAAUCCGUCGUUGGCCUUACCAAGGGUAUUGAGAUGCUCUUUAAGCAGAACAAAGUCGACUACAUCAAGGGUAGUGCAUCGUUUGUAUCUGCAACGCGUAUCGCGGUUCAGCUCAAUGAUGGCGGGUCAACCGAGGUCGAGGCAAAGAACGUAAUCAUUGCUACUGGCUCCGAGGUCGCGCCCUUCCCAGGCGGUGCUAUUGAGAUUGACGAGAAGCAAAUCGUCAGCUCAACUGGUGCCCUUGAAUUGCAAAAGGUACCUGAGAAGAUGGUCGUCAUCGGUGGUGGUAUCAUUGGCCUCGAAAUGGGUAGUGUAUGGAGUCGCUUGGGCGCAGAGGUGACCGUCGUCGAGUUCUUGGGGGCAAUUGGAGGUGCCGGUAUUGAUGAGGAGGUUGCCAAGCAAUUCCAGAAAAUUCUCACCAAACAGGGUAUCAAGUUCAAACUCAAUACUAAGGUCCUUUCUGCAGACAAGCAGGGUGGGAAUGUCAUCAUUCAGACUGAGUCUGCUAAAGGCGACAAGCAGGAGACGCUCGAAGCAGAUGUCGUCCUUGUUGCUGUUGGCCGUCGUCCGUAUACUGAGGGCCUCAACCUCGAAGCUGUCGGUAUCGAGAAAGACAACAAGGGCCGCAUUGUCAUCGACGACCAGUUCAACACAUCAGUGAAGAAUAUCAAGUGCAUUGGUGAUGUGACUUUCGGACCUAUGCUUGCUCACAAGGCUGAGGAAGAAGGCAUUGCUGCUGUCGAGUACAUCAACGCAGGGCACGGUCAUGUCAACUACAACGGCAUCCCUUCUGUUGUCUACACUCACCCUGAAGUAGCAUGGGUAGGAAAGACGGAGCAGGAGCUUAAAGCCGCUGGUGUGAAAUACAAUAUCGGCAAAUUCCCCUUUGCUGCAAACUCACGUGCGAAGACCAACCAAGACAGCGAGGGCUUUGUGAAGUUCAUUAGCGAGAAGGAGACGGACCGCAUUCUAGGUGUCCAUAUCAUCGGUCCUAAUGCCGGUGAGAUGGUCUCAGAAGCUGUUCUGGCAAUGGAAUACGGUGCAAGCUCCGAGGAUAUUGCACGGACGACGCAUGCUCACCCUACCCUGAGCGAAGCAUUCAAGGAAGCAGCAAUGGCUGCCUACGGGAAAGCGAUUCACUUCUAGAUUACGAUAUAUUUACCCUUGUCGUGGUCUGAUGAUAUGUGUUGCACACCACCUACUAGUAAUGGCAUUCCAUAUUUACAUAAUACAGGUUUUGCAAAUUCAACGCGGCCCAAUCUUGAUUACAUAAUCUGAUUCCGCAGUAUUUGAGCUCAGUUCAACAAAUUCGUG